AUAAUGUCGAGCGGAAAACGGCGUAAUCCGUUGGGACUCAGUCUACCACCGACAGUAAAUGAACAAAGUGAAAGUGGCGAGGCGACGGCGGAAGAAGCCACCGCGACAGUCCCACUAGAAGAACAGCUGAAAAAGCUCGGGCUCACGGAGCCACAAACUCAACGGCUCAGCGAAUUCUUGCAGGUCAAGGAGGGCAUCAAGGAGUUGAGUGAGGAUAUGCUACAGACUGAAGGAGAACUUGGCCAUGGAAAUGGAGGAGUUGUUAAUAAGUGUGUUCAUCGAAAAACCGGUGUAAUUAUGGCUCGGAAGCUUGUACACCUCGAGAUCAAGCCGUCAGUCCGACAACAGAUCGUCAAAGAGCUCGCCGUACUUCACAAGUGCAAUAGUCCAUUCAUUGUUGGAUUCUACGGGGCUUUUGUGGACAAUAACGAUAUAUCAAUUUGUAUGGAGUAUAUGGAUGGGCUUUCACUUGAUAUAGUUUUGAAAAAGGUUGGCCGCCUCCCGGAAAAGUUUGUCGGACGAAUCUCGGUUGCAGUUGUCCGUGGAUUGACGUACUUGAAAGAUGAAAUUAAGAUUUUGCAUAGAGAUGUUAAACCAUCGAAUAUGCUUGUCAAUAGUAACGGAGAAAUUAAAUUAUGCGAUUUUGGAGUCUCUGGAAUGUUGAUUGAUUCGAUGGCCAACUCAUUUGUCGGAACGAGGAGUUAUAUGGCGCCCGAACGACUCACAGGAUCCCACUAUACAAUUUCAUCGGAUAUCUGGUCAUUUGGAUUAUCACUUGUCGAACUUCUUAUUGGACGAUAUCCAGUGCCUGCACCGUCUCAAGCAGAAUAUGCUACAAUGUUUAAUGUGGCUGAAAAUGAGAUUGAACUGGCUGAUAGUCUUGAAGAGCCCAACUAUCAUCCGCCGAGCAAUCCGGCGUCAAUGGCUAUUUUUGAAAUGCUUGAUUAUAUUGUUAAUGGACCUCCGCCAACACUUCCGAAGAGAUUCUUUACUGACGAAGUGAUUGGAUUUGUGUCGAAAUGCCUUCGAAAACUUCCAAGUGAACGAGCAACCCUAAAAUCUCUCACCGCAGACGUCUUCUUCACACAAUAUGCAGAUCACGAUGAUCAGGGAGAAUUCGCGGUUUUUGUGAAGGGAACGAUUAAUCUACCAAAGUUGAAUCCAUAAUUAAUUUUGGAUUUUUGUAUAUUUCGAUGUCUCUUUGUCUCUCACUGUCUAGGAUGCUCCAGCUCCAGGGGGUGAUUCUACGAAAUGAGCCAAUAUUUUUAUUGAUAUUUUGUGAUGGAAAAUAUUUAGAAAAAUAAUUCUUAUAUCAGAAAAUAGCUACUAUUUUAGAGUUGGAAAAAUUGAAAAAUGCCCAAAAAUUUGUUAAAAAAAGUGAUUUUUAGGCAGAUUUGGCGAAAAACAUAGCCGAUUUUUUAAAAGGAAAAUCGAAAAAUUGAUCAUAAAAUUUAAUUUUGUAAAUUAAAUUUUGUGUAUGUUGAUGAGAAACAAAAAGAAAAAUGGCCAAAAUUUUAAGAUAUAUUUGAUUUUUUUUCUAUUUUCCACAGUUUUUUGAGCAUUUCUUCAAUUUCUCAAUUGCCAUCUCGAGAGAUCAAUCCGAUUUCUUUGCAUUCGGCUCCUUCGGUGUCAUUUUUUGAGUCGCUUUCUUCAGCGCCGUAUCUGAAAGUAUUCCUCUUUUUUUUCUUUAGUUUAGACUAUUUUUCAUUUACUUUGUAGAUUUUUCCCCAUUUUUCCCUCCACAUUUCUGUCCCGCUUCUGAUUAAGAUUAAAGUAUUUUGAUUUGAUUUUUG